AUGGCCACCUCCACCAUGUCUGUCUACUCCAACGCCCACACCGAGUCCUCCUGGCAGGUGGACGACUGUCCAGAGAGCUACUGUGAGCCCUGCUGUGCCCCCAGUGGCUGCCAGUCCAGCUGCUGUGCCCCGGCCCCCUGCCUGACCCUUGUCUGCACCCCAGUGAGCUGUGUGUCCAGCCCCUGCUGCCAAUCCACCUGCCCCAGCUCCUGCACACCAUGCUGUCAACAGUCCAGCUGCAGCUCCUCCCCCUGCCAGCAGUCCUGCUGUGUGCCCCUCUGCUGCAAGCCGGUCUGCUGCACACCAGUCUGCUCCUCCCCCUGCUGUGUGACCCUCUGCUGCAAGCCCGUCUGCUGCAAGCCCGUCUGCUGCACACCAGUCUGCUGUGAACCUGUCUGCUGUGAGCCCGUCUGCUCUGGAUCCUCCUGUGGCCAGCAGUCUUGCUGCCAGCCCUCAAGCUCCCAGUCGUCCUGCUGUGUGCCCCUCUGCUGCAAGCCCGUCUGCUGCAGACCCUGCUCCAGCAUGUCCCUGCUCUGCCGCCCCGUGUGCAGACCCGCCUGCUGCGUGCCCGCCUCCUCCUGCUGUGCCUCCUCCUGCCAGCCCAGCUGCUGCCGCGGGUCCUCCUCCAUGUCCCUGCUCUGCCGCCCAGCCUGCUCCAGCCAGGCCUGCUGA